GUAAUUCAACAUCUGCAAAGAAAACAACAACAAAAAAACUUGUGUGCACUAUUUUCUAAAGGGAUAUAGCCUAUUCGAUCAAUAGGCUAUCACAUUACAGGUCCUUUUACAUCCCUGUGAGCAACCAGGAACGACUCGUCCCACUGGCUUCUAUCAGACCGUUUUAACUGUGUAAUCCCCCCUCCUAGUUUCAUUCAGAGGGUUGGAGGCGACGUUUGCUAAGUUUGAAGUGCCUGCUGAAGCAAUACGACCAUUUAGAAAUGGAGUGGCUGUCUGUUAUCAUAAUUUUUGUUUUAAUUAACUACACCAACGCUGGCGUGGACGGAAUCCCCUGGACAUACUCAGAAGGUGCAAUGGACCAGAUGCACUGGGCAGAAGAGUACCCUGCGUGCGGUGGCCACAAACAGUCUCCAAUUGACAUCCAGCGGCGUAACGUUCGCCACAACCCCCGUAUGCCAGAGUUGGAACUUACUGGAUAUGAUGAGAUAAACGGGAAAUUUCUCAUGACCAACAAUGGUCAUUCAGUUCAGAUUGACCUCCCCCCUACCAUGAUGAUCACCGAGGGGCUUCCUGACCGCUACACGGCUGUGCAGAUGCAUCUGCACUGGGGCGGCUGGGACCUGGAGGCCAGCGGAGCUGAGCACACAGUGGAUGGCAUACGUUACAUGGCAGAGCUUCAUGUUGUCCACUAUAACUCUGAGAAGUACAAGAGCUUUGCAGAGGCCAAAGAUAAGUCUGAUGGGCUGGCGGUUCUGGCCUUCUUUUAUGAGGAUGGGCACUUCGAGAACACCUACUACAGUGAUUUUAUCUCCAACUUAGCAAAAGUCAAAUAUGCAGGUCAGUCCAUGAACCUUUCCACCAUCAAUGUCCGCUCCAUGCUCCCAGAGAAUAUGAAUCACUUCUUCAGAUACGAAGGAUCGCUCACUACACCACCUUGCUAUGAGAGCAUCAUAUGGACUGUGUUUGACACGCCCAUCACCCUCUCUCACAAUCAAAUUAGGAAGCUGGAGAGUACUCUAAUGGACCAUGACAACAAGACCCUGUGGAAUGACUACCGCAUAGCCCAGCCCCUGAAUGACCGUGUGGUGGAGUCCUCUUUCCUGCCUCGCCUGGGCAAAGGAUCUUUCUGUCGCCAAGAAGAGAUUGAAUUCAAACUUUUGAAGAUCGAGAGCCUGAUAACAUCCCUCGGAAAAUACAUACGUACAAGUGCCAUGGGGGAUGCUAGACCUACAAGUAAAAGGCCGCGGGCUCUGUACCCACUGGUGCUGCACUUCACCGAGCGCAACACAGGCAGCUAUGCGCUGGCCCACCUGACCCACCCCAUGAGCUUGCAGUCCUUCACGGCCUGCAUGGGCAUCCGGACACGCUACCCCGGCGAGGCGCACACCAUCUUCUCCUACUCCACACCCGCGCACGACAACGAGCUCGUCGUCACCAUGGGUCAAGACGUGGGGCUGUGGAUCGGCAACGAGUUUGUCAGCCUGCCCCACGACCUGCGCGCCUUCAACUGGGCCCACUACUGCAUGACCUGGGCGUCCCACACCGGUGGCGCCGAGCUGUGGAUCAACGGCAUGGUCGGGGAGGAGCAGUACCUGCGGGCCGGCUACACCGUCGCGUCCGGGGGCAUGUUCAUCCUGGGGAAGGACCAGGACGGCUUCCUGGGGAUCUCAGACCAGGACGCGUUCGUGGGCCACAUGACGGAUGUGAAUGUGUGGGACUACGUGCUGAGCGCGGGGGAGAUCCGUGAGCAGAUGUCCUGCGAGAACGGCACCGUCAGAGGGAACGUGCUCAGCUGGGGGGUCACGCAGCUCAGCCUGUACGGAGGCGUGCAGCUGGACACGGACCACAGGUGCCCCUGACACACAUGGUCUCGCAGUUAGCUAGUCUGAAUUCAGUGUGUUUAAAGCUGUUCACAACCUCUGCGUAGACUGCAGCUAACCCAAAGAUAUCAUAUGAAUUUUCAUGCGAGUUAUGAAAAAUGUUACUCAAUUUUAUAUUUCAUAAAAAAAAACUGGUUUCAUGCCUUGUUAUAAUGCCUGAUGGCCAUAUUGAUUGGUUGUUUUUGUAUUCACUGGCCCACUUUUUUAUGGACAUAGUUGGCCUAAUUAAUAUCUGUGUGUCCUCAAUAAACCAAUACUUGCAAAA